CUGCCAGCCUUAGCGUUAUCCUCAUCGGCCAUGUCUCCGUUAGCGUCGUUAGCGUCGAAAAUCGAAGCUGCUCAAUGGGCGCCGACCCCGAAGGCGGUGUCGUCCAACCGUUCACUCGAUUGGAAACCUGCGAAGCAACCGAAACUCGAUGCGCACGGCCUGAAAACCCGGGACUCGUUCAGACCCUCGAACCGACAGAAUCCCUGGCAAUCGCAAUGGAUCAGUAGAUCGGGCGAGCAGACGAAAGACGUUUUCACUUGCGUCUGGUGCAAGGAGCAGUUCCAAUCAUUGGCGGAUAUGACAAUCCACAUGAAGAAUUCGCCUCGUUGUGGAAUGGCCGGAAUGCACGCGGCAGCCGCUUCGUCGUCGUCGUCCUCGUCGCCCUCUUCGGUUUCGUUGUCGUCGAGUGCGGCUCAUCCUCAGCAAGCAACAACGAAAGACGGAGUUCCUCUGCCUCGUAAAUUGGUUCGCGGACAAGAUGUCUGGCUGGGGAAGGGCGCCGAGCAAACUCGUCAGAUCCUCAAGUGUAUGUGGUGCGGUCAGUCGUUCAAGAGUUUGGCCGACAUGACGCAACACAUGAAAGUCACCCAACACUACACCAACAUCAUCAGUCAGGAGCAAAUCGUCUCGUGGAAAUCUCCCGAUGAGAAGGCAGCUCAGAACCAAAGUCAGCAAGCGAACGCCGUCCUGACGUGCAAGGUCUGCGACCAGACGUUCGGAUCGCUCAAGGAACUCAACUACCACAUGGUCAAGAACAACCACUACAAGGACCACAUUCUGAGAAUGUUCGGCGACGCGGCAGCGAGCGCCAGGAACCCCGGUCGGAGCGACCGCGGGAAAAAGUCUCUACCCGUCAAAAAGCUUCUCGAGCUCGGAAGACAAGCCACCAGCCCUGAACAAGCUCUCGCCCAGCUGGCCAUGGGGAGAAUUACCUGUGAAGAGUGCGGAGACAAGGUCGAAUCGAAGGACUUCGUGUCCCACGUCAAGCAAUGCCCAAGAAUUUUCGGUGAAAUGCCGCUGAUCGGAAGCGCGACCAGAGACGCCGACGACGACGACUCCGAGAGCCACCGGUCGGUGACACCGAAAUCCGUGGAUUCCUCCAAAGAGCACAACGACACCCACCAUUCUAAUCAUGUUUCCCACCACCAUCACCACCAUCUCCAUCACGGGACGUCGGCGUCGUCGAGCGCGUCCACCGGUGCGGGUGGCGGCUCGGUGCUCGCGUCGCUCGAGAAACUCGUCGAAAAAUCAUUCGAUGGCAAGGGAAAACGCCAGCAGGGCUCUGGAAUUCUUCAGCGAUUGGGCAUCGAUGAAGAAGUUUAUCCUCCGUGGCAUCCUGCGGGAUCCCCGAGGAACUUCAACAGUGCAAUAAGCGCCGCGCAGAUGCUCAAAAGCCCGGGCUCGUCCGAAGGUCUCGACCAUCCGAGCCGAGGCUCGACUCCAAGCGGCAUUGGGAGGGCGCAGUACGGCGGGAACAGUUCACCCGAUAGACAGUCGAGCCGUUCCGCGCCUUCUCCCGCAGCACCUGGAGCUCACGUCCGAUCCUCGCCGGCUCCUUCGGAGUCCUCGACGAGGGCUUCGAGUCCCGGAGCGCCCGAUCAUCUCGCGGUCGCUGCCGCCGUCGCUAGCGACGAGAAACGCCAAAUUCACUCUCGAUCUCCCGGAGCGGAGAGCGCGGCCUCGAUCCACGAAGAUAUCAAAGCACCGUCACCCCAGAAAUCCAGAAACAAGAACAAGGACAAUCCGCUGCGUGAGCUUGAGAAACUUCUUGACAAAACCGAGACCCAUAGACAGUCGGCGAUGUCGUCGGCGGGCCUGGCGGGUCUACCGGGCGGAGCCGCGGGCUCGAUCCUAGCGUUCUCUUGGGCCUGCGGUGAUGGAGCCACCGCUUCCCCCGAAGGCUCUUCCAUAAAGUGCGCGUUCUGCGACACACAUUUCGUCUCGAAAGGAGCCUACAGACACCACUUGUCGAAGAUGCAUUUCAUCAAAUCCGACAAUAACUCAGACACGGACAAGAACUCCGAGCGCGGCUCCGUUUCGCCGGCGCCCUCUCAACCGCCAUCGGUCGCUUCGGAUUCCGCAUCGUCUGCGAACGACUCACCUCAUUCGAAGUUCCUCAAAUACGCAGAACUGGCCAAACAGUUGUCGUCGAAGUACGUGUGA